GAAAAAUAAGAAAAACAGAAUCUAAUUACUUAAUUAGUAAAUUAAAAAAGUAGUUAAGCACGAGAUUAGUGGUUAGAAACAGAGAAGGUUUUUUGAUUGAAGAAAAAAAGAAACCUAAAAGUGUGAAGCCGUGGAGGAGACAAGAGGAGCAUUAAAAACAAAACAAAAUCAAACUCCUUUCCCUUCCUCAACCACCAAACCGAUCUCUACGUUCCAAAACGGCGUCUGGUUAAUGCCUGGAAGCCGCGGGGAGAUAACGGUGGGUGAACAUAACGGAGUCGAUAACGAUCACAAUAGGAAGAAGGAGGAUGGUAUUGAGAGCGAGAAUCAAUUAGUAAUGCCUUCAAUUUCGAAACCCAGGAAGCGAUUUAUAGACAAAUUCAGAAAGAGACCCAAAUCACCAAAGCGAUCAUCUUCAAGGUCUGGGUCGCGUAAAGGAGGAUGCUUUUCUUUGAGGAGACGUCGGAGGAGAACAGAGGAAGGGGAGGAGGAGGAGGAUUCUUCUACAGUUUCUGAUCCUAACGACGAAUGCUUCACUCAUGAGAUGAUGCGUGUUAUGUUGGAGACUAAUGAUUUCUGCUCUAAUGAGUGUAAUCCGCAUCGGUGAUUUUGUGAAGGGGGAAUGAUUCUUGUUAUAGAUUUUUUUUAAUUGCUUUUUUUUUGCUCAAUCAAUCUGUAUAGAACUUUCUUCGUCUGGUUUAAAUCCAUCAAUGCCUAUUGAGUGUUUUGUUUCUUCUAAUGGUUUACACCAGUGACGAUGAUGAUCAUCAUUUAGCAGUAUGGUAAGCAAUUGUGUAUGGAAUCUGAUUCGUAUAGUAGUGUGUGAUUGAUUGAUACGGUUAGGUUACAGUUUUCGUUGGAUUGAGUUAUCUUUAGCUUUGUAGGAGAUUAAAGGUCAAUGGAUAAAUUUUGAUAUGUCCAUAUAUAGUGAUGUGCCACCAAAUGGUAAGAUAUCAUUCAAGAGAGACAGGUGGCUCUAUUUGAAGAAGUUCAGGUGCUCACGCCUUGGCUUAUAAUAGCCCAAUGUAGCAAAAAUAUAGCUGAUGCCUGUUCUGACUUACAGAUGUCUCAGCAGAUUGUUAUAGGGCAUGGCAUGGUAACUUUGGUUGAGAUUCGUUCUGGUUUAGUGAAUCGAAGAAAGAAGAGUAGGUUUUUUGACAUGUUAAGUUGUUAUCAUAUCAGCAAUUUGCGCAAUGGAUGUGUCCAAAGAAGAAUGAGCAUUGCAUUUUUAGGUGAUUUUGCUGUAUGAGUACGGUUAGCUAGUAAGUAGUCCCCAUUUUAAGGUUUAUUGGAGCAGGCUUUGUGUGUUUGCUUUGAUCUGUUUACUAUGACACACUAAGUUCAACGACUAGAGAUUGAUGCUUCUUUGUUGGAUACAUACCCUUAAUAUAGUUGGUGAUGCUGCUAAGAACAGCACUUUUCUGCUCAUAUACUUACCUACAAAUCUACAAUGCUAGUAGACAGAUGACCUGAGCAUACUUUUGGAUGGUACAGCAGAUCCUAAUCACAAACACCUUUUUUUUUUGGUCAAAUGAAGACUUUAAUCUACUUAUCAAUGCAAAUCCAAGUUUGGAUAAUUAAGUAAAGGUGGAUUCUUUUAUGGACUGUAGUGGGUAAAAAAGGGGGAAAAACUUGUGGUCUCUAAAAAAAGUUUUUCAUCCAAAAGUAGCUAACAAAAAAACAAAAAAUAUGAAAGAGAAUGUAUAAAAAUUUAGAAUGGUUUAUUGUUUGAGAAACUAUGAAUAUAAAUUGAGAGAUUAGCUUUACAUUUGUCACAUUUUCAGAAAAAAAAAUGUAACUGUAAUUCAGUUACUUCAAAUUAUUAACAAAA